AUGAACAAUACUGCUGCAACUCAGAGUGUGGGGGGUGCUUUGCCGAAGGGGUUUGGGGCCCAAUCAUCGGCCCCAACCACGUUUAACCCGGUUCAGAAGACCACACCCAUUUCUCAUAGUCGAGAGCCAGCACCUAUGGGAUCUGGAAUGGGCCAGUUUUCAUCGGGACGUAGCCAAACGGAUACUGCAGCUGGACCUCUUUUUAUUUCCAAACCCCCACAAACGAAUGUUCCUGUAUUAGCGAAAACAGAUACACCUGCGACGACAACUGAGGCACCAUCGCCACCUGGGGCGACAGCAGCUACUAUCAGCCUGCCAUCUGGGAAGGAGAAUGUACUGGGGGAAAGGAAUCCAAGUGUGCUGGCAAAGCUGACGAGAGGAUCGUUAAUGGCCCCACUGGUUUUGGGAGUCCGGAAACGUUGA